AUGCAGGAAGCCCCGCCCACCGAUGAGGGCGACGAGGGCGAGGAGGUCGAUUACUACGACGGAGAGUACUACGACGAGGAAGGCGAGGAGGCGCAGGAGAUCGACUUCAGCCUGCCCUUCCCCGCAGAGAUCCCCAUGGAGGGCAACACUAAGCUCCUGUCCAGCAUCCCGCUGCCGCUAUACUAUCCGCUCGUCGCGGGCGCGGCGGCGGCGGCGGCGUUUGUGGGGCUGGCGGCCGGCAAGGGCGCGCCGGUUUCCCCCCAGAGCAGGGACGCUGUCGCCUACACCACCGCGGCGGUCUGCGCCGGGGCUGUGCUGUACGGCGGCGCUCAGGCCAAGAAGGUGCGCGACAGGGCGGCGGUGGUGGACCUCUUCAACCUCCUGGUGUACAUGGACGAGCCCUCGGCGCUGACGCCCGAUGAUGUCAGCGCAGUGGGCGCGAAGUACGGCGUGAACAUGCGGCGCGACCAGCUGGAGGGCCUGGUGCAGAUCUUCGGGCAGUACCUGGAGGGAGUGGUGCCAAAGGGCGACGCGCCGCUGCGGCGGCGGCCAGGCGGCCUGGCAGCGGCGGCCUGGGGCAUGGGGCCCCCGGCCUCCAGGGCAGACUCGGCCCCGGGAACAUGGCACGCCGCCGCCGCAGCGGGGAGGGCCGGCGGCGACGAGGCGAGCAAGAUCCUGGCCUUUAAGGACGCCCUCAGUCUGACUGAUGAGGAGGCAGCGCCGGCCUUCAUUGAGGUUGGCCGCCGCCUCAGCCGCGCCGGCUUCGAGAUCCAGGGGCGCCAGGCCCAGUUUGAGCAGCGCAAGGCGUUCCAGCGGCUCAUCUACCUUUCAUAUGCGGCCCUGGGGGACCAAAAGGCGGGGACCCUGCUGCCCUGGGGGGCCGAGUUCGGGCUUAAUGAUGCCCAGCUGUUUGUGGCGCGGCGGGACAACGCGCGGGCGGUGUUUGGGCAGCACCUGCUGGAGAGCUAUGGCGGGGACCUGCCGGCGGACGCUGACGCGCUGCGCGCUCUGAGGGAGUUCCAGGGGACCGUGAAGUUGCUGGAUGACGUGGCGGAGGACUCGGUGCGCGCCGCCGCGCGGUCGCAUGUGGAGCGCCAGCUGGCGGCGGCGCUGGAGCAGCUGCGGGCGCCCAUCAGCACGCGCGACGUCGGGCGCGUGGUGGAGGAGGUGCAUGCUAUUCUUGACUACAGCCGGCGGCUGCAGGCGCUGGCUGGGGAGGAGGGCCUGGUGCCUGGCGUGGGCGCACCGUCGCUGGCGGGCGGCGCGUGGGUGGAGGGGCUGCGGCGGCGGGACGUGAAGGAUCUGUACCGGGCGUACUGCGAGGAGCGCACUGGCAAGGAGGGCGCCUUCACCCCCGAGAUCGAGGCCGACCUCAAGGAUCUCUCGCAGAUCUUCACCCUGGCCCCCAAGGAGGCCGCAGAUCUGAGGGCCGAGGUGGCGGCGGGGCUGUACCGGCGACUGCUCAAGGACGAGGUCACGUCGAAGCGCAUAGACGCGGCCGCGUCGCCGGCGCAGCUGGUAGCCAAGAAGAAGCUGACCCCGGGUGACUCCCAGGAGCUGCAGCGCAUACGCCGCAUCCUGUGCAUCCCCCAAGACACAGCCAACGAGAUCAUGAAGGCCACCUCUGGCCACGUGCUGGAGGAGUCUCUGGAGCAGGCCUUCGCGGCCGGGCCGCGCCCGUUGACCGAGUUUGACCUGGCAAAGGUUGAUGACGUCAUCAAGGACCUGCAGAUGGACAGGGCCGUGGCGAAGGCGGUGUACGCAGAGGCCGCCCGCAAGAAGCUCAAGUCAUUCGCGGGCCAGGCGGUGAAGGACCUGCAGCAGAACGACCGCAAGGCCGCGGCCAUACAGCUCAAGAAGAUGGUGCAGUUCAACUCCCUGGUGGUGACGCCGCUGCUCGAGCGCGUCGCCGGCACGGAAGCUGCCAAGAAGGAGCUCGCCGAGCUGAUGGCCAAGGCCGCGGAAGCUGCCAAGAAGGAGGAGGAAGCUAAGAAGGCGGCUGCGGCGGCGGCGGGGGGCGACGCGGAUAAGGAGGGGGCGCAGAAGGAAUUUGAGGAGAUAUUGGCGCAGGCGACGGCGGCGGCGAAGAAGGAGGAGGAGGCAGAAGAGGCGGCCAAGCAGUCCGCCGAGGCGCCCAGCAGCAGCGACGCGGCCGCGGCGGCGGCGGCGCCUCCUGUGCCUCAAGUAGAGGCGGUGGAGGCGAGCAGCAGCGGCGGCGACAGCAGCAGCAGCGGCGGCGCGGCGGCGGCCGACGCGGUGAUCGACGUGGCGGCGGAGGCGCCCGCGGGCGCGGCGGCCGCGGCGGCGGCGGCGGCGGCGGAGGCGGAGGAGGCGCGGCGGGCGCUCGAGGAGGCGGAGCGGAAGAAGAAAGAAGACGAGGACCCGGUCAAGGUGAUGAAGAAGAUGAUCGCGGCCAGCCGUGGCGAGUUUGGUGAGGACGAGAAGAAGGCCCAGAAGGACAUCAGCCUCGCCAACGACGUCGACAAGGCCGUGCGUGCUGACCUGUACAAGGUUUACCUGAUGUACAGCAUGAGCGGUGACGUGGUUGAGCUGCCGGUGGGCGGUACGAUCCGCAAGAAGACCAGCAACGAGACGCGCGCCCAGGACAUGGCGCGGCUGCAGCAGCUGGGCGACAUCCUGGGCAUGAACCAGAUGGAGGUGGCCUCG